CACCCUUCCCAGUUCCGUGCCGCUGUCACGACCAAGAGCAGCAUGCUUCUGCAUCACUAUUUCAAAGACAACGAUGACCCCCGUAAUGUGGAGUGCCGAGUAUGCCACCUCCUCACUGAACAUGGCCACAUCGGCAGCUACUAUCACCGCUUUGUACCUGAGGAGUCUACCUCCUGCCAAUGCCAACAUCCUGGCAUCCAAACCCGCAACCACCUUCUUCUCGGCUGCCCGUCUUAUGUGCACGCUCGAUGGCACCUUUUUCACCCCAACAAAGACCCACACAUCCUGGACUUGUUUCGAUUCAAAGAUGCUUGGUCCACUCUGGCCGCUUUUCUUCGGGACAGCGAUGCCUGGACCAAGGCAUCUGUACUUUAUGAUCCUGAUUAGGUUCUGACUCGGACGUGAUCUGUUCACACCUUUAUAUAUGCUCCUACCUAGGUAGUUCUACAUCAAACUUGUACCUAGACACACCCCCGACCACCUUCGGCGGUAUAUAAAUUGUAUCAAAA